AUGAAAGAAACUGCUGUUAUGUUAAUUAUAUUACUUAUUUCAGUUACAACUACAGCGAUUACAAGUCAACUGGAAAAUGGAUUAUUUCCCUGCAGUUUCAGUCAGUUAAGAUGUCAGAACGGGACAGGUUGUAUAGGCAUGGAACACUUGUGUGAUGGAAUUCGCCACUGUCCUGACUCUAGUGACGAGGCUUUCUGUACGUUAGCAAAUAGAAGAGCAAAAAGAACUAACGCUUGUGUUCUGCCAGCGUAUCCUAACCAUGGAACAUAUAAAGUUUUAAACAACUCUCAAGCCCGCCCUGGUCAAUUCUUCGAUGCUGUGGUACUGACAGUCCACUGUAAGCUAGGAUACGGAGUAGUGAACAAGUAUAGACCUAAUUCAAACAGUACAGAAAUAUACUGCGUAAAUGGAAUAUGGUAUCAGAAUAUGCCUCAAUGCGUCCGUUUCUGCAAACUGGAUCCUGAACCUAGUGUCCUCUACAUGUGCCACGUGCCAGGAAUAGGGCUCAACGUCUGUGGCAACUAUGUGCCUCCAGGCACGCUAGUCAGUCCUAUCUGCAACACUCCUUCCUACUACUCCUCCGAAAGUCUCCCAAAAAUGAAGUGUGCAAUUGGUUUCUGGAAUUACGUGGCUAAAUGCAAAGCAGAAUGUGGUCGAGUAGCGCCUAAAGCCUUUCAACUGAUAAUUGACGUGAAAGAAGAAAAGCGUGGCGAGCUUUCCUGGCACGUCGCUAUUUACAGAAAAGAAAUAGACACUUUCGAGCAGAUUUGUGGCGGAUCUCUUGUCUCCAACAAUGUGGUUAUAUCAGCUGCCCAUUGUUUCUGGAGUGACGUGCGCAAAUUGUUACCGGCAUCAAACUAUAAAGUCGCCAUAGGCAAACUCUACCGUCCGUGGGACAGCAAAAGCGACGUUGGUGUGCAGAAAUCUGACAUAAAACAAAUAAAAAUUGCAAGUCUCUUCCUAGGGGAGAGUACUAACUUUCAAGAAGACAUUGCCGUUUUGAUCCUGAGUACUCCAUUCGUCUACAACAUGUACGUCAGACCGGUGUGUCUAAAUUUUGAUAUUAACUUAGAAAGGUCGCAAUUGCAACAAGGGAAUACUGGCAAGAUUGCAGGGUGGGGUCUCACAACAGCUUACGGAAAUGCUUCUCCUAUUCUGAAGGUUGUUGAUAUGCCAUUUAUCAAUAAAAUUAACUGCCUUAAAACUUUUCCGUACUACACGGCGUAUGUGACGGGAGACAAAUUUUGUGCAGGGUAUACCAAUG